UCCUUAUCCACCCGCACCAGCGAACAACUGCGACGGCGCCUCGUCUCCCGACGAGAGCAGAACCAAGCAAAGGGGGGGGGGGGAGAGGAAGAAGAUGCAGUCUCUGAGUUUUCUCACCGCCCAACCCAUCCUCCCCAUCCCACAGCGCCGUCGCCUCGCUUCCCCCAAACCUUUGGUCUUCUUCUCCUCCUUCUCUUCCUCCUCAACCACCUGCAUCAUUUCUCUGUCUCAGUGCCAAAACGCCAGCGCCCGCUCGCAAUUGAAGAGGCUCACGCCUUUGGCCUCCGCCGGGGCGGGCGCGGUCCUCGAUGACUCGUCGGACGCCAGCCGAGUCGAAGAGGCCGAACAAGCGGAAGAGAAGCAGAAGUUGGGGAUGGUGGUGAAGCCGCCGGAGAACCCGAGGCUGGUGCUGCGGUUCAUGUGGAUGGAGAAGAACAUCGGGCUGGCGCUGGACCAGGUGAUCCCGGGCCACGGCGCCAUCCCGCUGAGCCCCUACUACUUCUGGCCGCGCAAGGACGCGUGGGAGGAGCUCAAGUCCAAGAUCGAGGCCAAGCCAUGGAUCUCGCAGAAGCGCAUGAUCAUUCUCCUCAACCAGGCCACCGACAUCAUCAACCUCUGGCAGCAAAGCGGCGGUAACCUGUAGACGCCCUCUGUCUCUUCACUUGGAAUUUUGGUUGUCAUGCCCUCUUCUUGCUAGAAGAUAAAUUACCUGCAUUGCUUUUUGUUCUAAAUGUGCCUCUCUUUCAUUGUUAUAGAGUAGUACAUUGGAGAAAAAUUAAAAUACAUUUCGAGUCA